UCCGAAAAGAAACAAACAAAAAGUAAAAACCAAAAGAAAUCGGAACUCGAUCCGCCGCAACAAAGUUGAAUCGAUGAGCGGUCUAAUAAUUAUUAUUAGUCGACGGCCUGAAAUUCAUGCACAAAGCGAGACCCGCAGGAAUAAUAACGACAAUUGUUGUGUUUACUGGAACGUAAACGCGGCCCGGGGGCUCCGGGGGCUGCGCCGGUGGGGGCCGCAGGGCGGAGCUCCGGCUCGCUCAGUCCGCGCGCAACCACGCGCCCCAACGCACCUCUGACAUGUGACGCUAUGGAGGAAUGCGAUCUCACACAAUACCGCGACAUGAUCAUCGAAGGCGACCUGCCGCUGGACCUCAGGCCACCACCCAGGCUCUACCUGCCCCAUUACCUCCGGGAUGACAGGGAGGAAUACCCUCAAGAUGACACUUACGUUUCUGUUGACGAAGACACGCCAGACAUGCCGCCGCCGUCCAGCGACUCCGAACGCUACGACGCCUCCAGCCCUAGUGAAUCAAAACCUUCAUCGCCUAAGAAAUCUAAACAGAAAUCUUCAACCCAACUCAUCAAGCCACCUUACUCCUACAUCGCUUUAAUAACAAUGGCAAUCCUCCAGUCUCCACACAAGAAAUUAACGCUUAGCGGAAUCUGUGAGUUCAUCAUGACCAGAUUCCCGUAUUACCGUGAAAAGUUCCCCGCUUGGCAGAAUUCUAUUAGACACAACUUGAGUUUGAACGACUGCUUCAUAAAAAUACCUCGAGAGCCAGGGAAUCCGGGGAAAGGGAAUUACUGGACGUUGGAUCCUUUGGCGGAGGAUAUGUUUGAUAAUGGGAGUUUUUUGAGGCGACGGAAGCGGUAUAAGCGGCCGGCGCCUUCGCUGCAGCACGCUCAUGCCGUGGUAGCGAUGCUGGCGAGGGAAGCGUAUGCUCCACUUCUGCCGUUGCCUUGUUAUCUUCCUCCGACGCCGCUGUUGUCGCUGCCGCGCCCGCCGCCGGCGGCGUUACGGCCCGUGCCGCUGCCUCCGCGAGUCUCCGAGACUACCGAGCCCAGAUCCAAGAGAUCCCGCAACGGGUUCUCCAUUGAAUCCAUAAUAGGAUCUCAAGAGGAUACCGAGCCGCGUCGGAGUGCCUUCAGCCCGCUGUACCACGGCAGCGGCCCGCCGGACGACUGGAGAUGAGCCUUCUUUGUCGAUCCGUUCUAGACGUCGGUUCAAGUGACUUUCGAGACUGUGUUCUUUAGUGGUGUUUGUACAUUAUAUGUAAAGACGGGUAUGUUUUGUGUGCUGAUUAGAAAUGAGGCUAUUAUUGCUAUUAGGUUCUUAUUGGUUCAUGUGCUGCUGUGUUCAGUAAAUCAGUAACAAAUAGUAGACCGUCCACUAAUUGAAAAGCGCUAAUUAAGUCAAAAUCUGUAAUUGCCGCGACGGUUUAUUAUUUUAUAAAGCCGUCGGAUAAUAAUACUACCUACUAUUAUUUUCUAUCUCCGUGUCAAGCAAAUAAUAAUUAUAAUCAGAGAUUUAAUAACAACUACCAAUAAUACUUAAUUAAGAAUUAACCUGUAAAUAAAUGUGCCAAAUAUUAAUUUACUUUCAUUGCGUUGUG